UGUUGCCAUGGUUUACUUCUGAAAACCUAUCCUAUUAGCUUUAAGAAUUGAAUAGAAAAGCUUGAAGCCAGAAAAAAACAUCGUUGGGUUUGCGUGAGCUUAUCAGCUCGGAAAAAAAAAAAUUGUGAGAUAAACAGAUAUCUUGGUUAACACAGUUUGAUAUGAAAUUGGUCAUCCUCGUUUCUUCUAUAUUGGGAAAAAAAACAUUAUAAGGAGGGGGAAAAAAAUACUUGUCUAGAAUUUCAGGGUACAGGGAUCCAUUGGUAUCUCUUGCUAACAAAGUUAUAUCUCCCUAGGAAAGACCAUAUGAUUUAAUUCAAUUGAUGAUACAAUGAUUUACACUAGCUUACUUGGAAGACAAAAGUUAGCUACCGCAUUGUUUUCCUUGUGCAUGCUGCACUUUGCAUUCAUCAAAGUUGCUUAACUAUCCGGGGGACAUCAGAUGUCUCUUGGAGUGAGCAUCAGUUGGUGGAUUUGAAUCUAUGAUCCAUAAACACUAAAAUAAACUUGAGCAUGGACUUUCAGGCACAGAAAAUCUCUAAAGUUCAGGCAUUCUAUUGAAGUAUCCCGAUUUAACUGGAGUGCCUGACACAUGAUGUGACUCUUUGUUUGAUGUUUUGAUUAUUGAGUGGUAAGCUGAUCGAAGGAAGGAAUUUGCUGUGUCUUGAGUGCUUGCUGGAAGGGAAGUUAGCUGUUAGCAGGUUCAUCUAAACAUGAUGGCGCCAAAUUUGAACUUGGAACCUGAAAAUCAUUCGGAAGAUAGUAGCCAAGUAGCUUCCAAUAUAUCCUUGCAAGAAACGUCCCAUGAUCUUACCAAGGACAGCAAUACCACAUCUUCCUGUCUCACAAAUCUCACAAAACCUGAAACUGAUCCAGUGUCUUUUUCCCUCGACUUGACCCUCAACUUCAACUCCAAUGAUGGUGAGUUGAAGCGCGCAAGUGAUGCCAGCAGUGAAGUGGGAGCUGAAGCUCAACCUUCAGGAUCAGCAGUUCCCAGGGUUUUCUCUUGUAAUUACUGUAGGAGGAAGUUCUUCAGUUCUCAGGCAUUGGGCGGCCAUCAAAACGCUCAUAAAAGGGAGAGGACAAUGGCGAAGCGUGCCAUGCGAAUGGGGAUGUUCACCGAGAGGUAUACAAGCCUGGCAUCACUGCCUCUUCAUGGUUCUGCUUUUCGGUCUCUCGGUAUAGAAGCUCAUGCUGCGAUGCACCAAAGACCCAUGCCAUCACUGAGGGCUCCCGACUUAAGAGCCGGAGCAAAAUUUGAGAAAGAUUAUUUUGGACCACAAAUGUUCAUGGAAGAUGAUGAUAGUAUGGGUCUGUUUUGGCCUGGGAGUUUCCGGCAGGUGGAAGGUGGAGCCGGCGUUAGUAUGGGACACGAGCACCCUCAAACUUCAACUACUAGUUUUGUAGCAAUUGCACCACCGCCGCCGCCACCACCACCACCCCCACAACCACAAACAUCCACAUCUCCUGAUCUCACUCUGAAGCUCUAAGAUUUUUGCAUCUUUUGUUUAAUUCUCUUCAGACAUGAAAUUAUUAUUUAUCAAUAGGGCGUGCAUUGUACAGUGAGUAUGUAUUUCCCCAUGGAUUUUCUAAGCUUACUUGAGGUCCUUAUUAAUCUGAUUUUUAUUCUGCUUCAUCAUUUA